UGUUUUUUUAUAUAUCUAGUCAAAUGUCGAAGUUGUCCUCCAGACAAGUGGGGCGGUCUGUGGGACACGCAUCAGAUGGUGUUGGACGGACCUGAUCGGUCGGGACCUAAACAACGACGUCCGUGUGUUAGAAGACGUGUCAAACGUGAGACGCGUCGACGAUGGGCCUGAUCGAUCGGGACCUAAACCCCCCUCUUUUCAUACGGAGCUUUCGCCUCGCUUGGCUUGCUACGCACACGUCGCGUCCAGCACGAGCUCUCUUCUCGGCCCCGAAUAUAUAUCACCCACCACACCAACACUGUCAGUUUCAGGGCCAUCAACACCACCACUGCACUGAUACCCCCAGCAGCUACUUCCAGGAUAGUGCUGCUUCCCACUACCAGUAGCUCCCACCUCCCAGCUAGAGUAGUUCGAAGAAGCACCCGGCGCCGAGUCGGCCACCUCACUACUCGCCACCAAGAAAGAAUGUGCCUGGAGUUCGGCUCGUGCUUCGGCGGCCGCAGACGGGACGACUACGGCCGCAGCAGAGGGAACGCCAACUGGUCGUCGCCGGCGUACCAGCAGCCGCCCACCGUCGUCGUCCGCGAAGGCCGGCCAAAAGCCGACCACGGCGACGCUGCCGGCCAGGGCGGGUACGCCGACUGGCAAGACAAGGCUGGCAGCGAGACGCCGCAGAAGCUUCCCGCAUGGCAAAACAAGGUCGGCGACGACGCCGGCAACGGCGCAUACACAUACACGCCGCGCCCCCAUGAGGCUGCGGCUGAUCAUAGGGAGCACGCUGGCAUGGAUUGCCACCAGUACCCAACCACUACCGCCACUCUCGCAAGUCGUCUUCCGAUCUGUUGAAAGGCGCCUGGAAAACUGUGUGUGAGGAACCGGAGGCCGUGGAUUUUGACACAGAGCCUCCAUGUUUCGUGCGGCAGGGAGAAGGUCCAGCAGCUCCAGGAAGCUUUUGAUGGUAGAUGGUUUUACUUUCACCAGUCUGUUUGUGUAGUUGCUUGUACUUCAGCAGUGGGUGCUUUUGCCUUGUAUCAUAUAUAAUCUAGUGAAAGAAAGCACUGUUAAAUCUCA